CAGCUGGAGCGAGAACGCGCGCUCUGCCGCGCGUCUGCCCGUCGAGGCUUGAGCGCUGCGGCGCGUGCGCGAGCGGUGCAGCACCGGCCGCGGGAGCAGGGAGUAUUAUGGGCUGUGGGUGCCGCUGAGCAAGAUGGAGCUGUCUGCAGUGGGCGAGCGGGUCUUCGCGGCUGAAUCCAUCAUCAAACGGCGAAUCCGAAAGGGACGCAUCGAGUACCUGGUGAAAUGGAAGGGGUGGGCCAUCAAGUACAGCACUUGGGAGCCCGAGGAGAACAUCCUGGACUCGAGGCUCAUUGCAGCCUUCGAGCAGAAGGAGAGGGAGCGGGAGCUGUAUGGGCCCAAGAAGAGGGGACCCAAACCCAAAACUUUCCUCCUGAAGGCCCGGGCCCAGGCUGAGGCCCUCCGCAUCAGUGAUGUGCAUUUCUCUGUCAAGCCAAGCGCCAGCGCCUCCUCGCCCAAGCUGCACUCCAGUGCAGCCGUGCACAGGCUCAAGAAAGACAUCCGGCGCUGCCACCGCAUGUCUCGCCGCCCCCUGCCCCGCCCAGACCCACAAGGGGGCAGCCCAGGCCUGCGUCCACCCAUCUCGCCUUUCUCGGAGACAGUGCGCAUCAUCAAUCGCAAAGUAAAGCCUCGGGAGCCUAAACGGAACCGCAUCAUCCUGAACCUGAAGGUCAUCGACAAGGGCACAGGUGGAGGGGGUACUGGGCAGGGGGCUGGAAACCUUGCCCGCCCCAAAGUCCCUUCUCGGAACCGCGUCAUCGGCAAGAGCAAGAAGUUCAGUGAGAGCAUCCUGCGCACGCAGAUACGCCACAUGAAGUUCGGCGCCUUCGCGCUGUACAAUAAGCCCCCUCCACCCGGCCCCCUGCCGCCCCCACAAGCCAGCAAGGCCGACAUUGCUGCCUCCGCCACUCCAGGGCUGCUCUUGCCGGCGCCUGCUGCCCCCUAUGACACCCGCAGCUCCGGCUCCUCCGGCUGCCCCUCACCAGCACCCCAAUCCUCUGACCCCGACGACUCACCCCCCAAGCUGCUCCCCGAGACCAUGAGCCCGUCUGGCCCCGAAUGGAGGGAGCCGGAGGUGCUCGACCUGUCCAUCUCUCCCGAGUCGGCAGCCACCAGCAAGCGGGCGCCUCCUGAGGUCAGUGCGGCCGCCAGCCAGGCACUGGCCACAGCCCCUGAGCCCACCGGCACCACCUCUGAGCCCGAGGCUGGGGACUGGCGCCCGGAGAUGUCACCCUGCUCCAAUGUGGUCGUCACUGAUGUCACCAGCAAUCUUCUGACGGUCACUAUCAAGGAGUUCUGCAACCCUGAGGAUUUCGAGAAGGUGGCUGCUGGGGUAGCAGGUGCUGCAGGUGGGGGUGGCGGCAGUGGGGUGAGCAAGUGAGAGGGCUCCAUCACAGAGGGGGCUUUGGGGGGGGCCCUCCUGCCCAAGGUCAUACUCUUGCUCUCACCCCCACCCUCAGACACCUCCGCCUGUGCUUUGCUUGUUUCAAAUGGCUGGUGUUGACCCCGGGAUGGGGCAGGGCAGUUGGAGCCCUCUGAAGCCCAGUGGGGGUCAGUCCUGGACCAGAUUAGGGCUGGGGUGGGACCAGGGCACUGGGAAGUCCUCCCUCUUGCCAUUUGGCGCCCUCCCCACCCAUGCACAGUGGGGCCCACUGGGCAGCUUCUGAGGAAUCCAGCACCCAGGGUUCAGCCGCCCCUGCCGCAUCCCACCCUGUCCCCCCAGCUUGCUUCCAGCUCUCCUGCACAAUGUCUGAUAUCUCGGUGCUGGCCCGGCAGCCUCGGGCCCCUUGGAGGCCCUUUCCAGCGCGCUGUUCCUUUACUUUCUCCAGAGGCCUGGGCAGGAGGGGCAGGGAUGGCAGAGCCCAGGUGGAUAUUGGGGCGAGGCCAGCCUCGGCCCCUCCCUCCACAUCAAUGAGGGUGGCCAUACCCAGAGGCAGGGGUCUUCUGCCCACUGUGGGAGGAGACCCAAGGCCCCCUUAGGCCCCACCCCACCUC